AUACUUGAGGAAUCAUUCAUUUUUUAUCGCACGUAAUUUCGUGAGAUUAUUACGAGGGCAUAAUGUUUAGUGAAGAAUCUACUAUAUCUAGUUUCGUUAAAGAAUUUUGGGAAAGUGUGUGCCGGUAGAUAUAGGUGAAUAUAAGGUCCCCACAAAAUGCUUUUACAAAUUAUAUCUGUGAUUCAGUAAAAUUCGUCAUGACUACAAUGAAGAACCCAAAUCCGUCGUCUUCUAAGCUCGCACUCCUUAGCCACAUCAAGUACGAGCACCUGGUAGCUGGUAUAUCAGGUGGUGUGACAUCAACACUCAUAUUGCACCCUUUGGAUUUAAUAAAAAUUAGAUUUGCUGUGAAUGAUGGAAGGACGGCCACGGUACCCCGUUAUGAUGGUCUCAGUAGCGCUUUUGUAACCAUAGUCAAGAAAGAAGGUGUUCGUGGCUUAUACAGAGGAGUUACACCAAAUGUCUGGGGCUCCGGUUCGGCCUGGGGAUUCUACUUUCUAUUUUACAAUGCCAUUAAAACAUGGAUACAAGGAGGAAACGCUCGUACUCCACUCGGUCCCGGCCUCCACAUGCUGGCGGCCGCAGAAGCGGGGGUCUUGUCUCUCGUUAUGACGAACCCCAUAUGGGUCGUGAAGACUCGCCUUUGUCUCCAGUACAGCGAGGAGCACGUGGCCGACAACAAGAGAUACAAGGGGAUGGUCGACGGCCUUCUGAAGAUCUACAGAACCGAGGGGAUCCGAGGACUUUAUAGGGGUUUCGUUCCUGGAAUGUUUGGCGUGUCUCACGGAGCCCUCCAGUUCAUGACCUACGAGGAAAUGAAGAACAGAUACAACCAGUACAGGAAUCUACCGAUUGACAUAAAAUUGACGUCCGUCGAAUAUUUGACAUUUGCUGCAAUAUCGAAAUUGAUAGCGGCGGGCGCGACGUACCCUUACCAAGUCGUGAGAGCGCGUCUCCAAGAUCAGCACAGGACGUACAAUGGAGCCUGGCACUGCAUCACCGAGACUUGGAGGCACGAGUCAUGGCGCGGUUUCUACAAGGGCUUGAAGCCGAACUUGAUCCGCGUCGUUCCGGCCACAAUGGUUACUUUCCUGACAUACGAAAAUGUCUCGCACUACAUGCUGCGACCGGCUGCCGACAUAAAGCUGCCUUCCUAGCGAUGAAUAAUUAAAAAUAAAUAAUAGGUUUAAAAAAAAAACUAACAAAAUACACUUUUAUAAAAAAUCCUGUACGUCACUCUCGCGGCCGUAUGCCCGCUCACUAUACAUAG